AUGGCUCGGAAAGGUAGCCGAAAGGUCAGGACGGGAUGUUUAACCUGCAACCCUCCGAUUGGACGUCGUGACGACCCGAGAUUAGGGGACCAACACAUACUGAAGACGGAUGGAUGGCGUGGAUGGCGUCGGACGCAUCUAGUUCGCAAGAUCAAAUGUGACGAGACGAGACCAUUCUGCAACCGUUGUACCGUCACGGGCCGGAAAUGCGAUGGCUACCCGCACGUUGCCGACUUGUCCGAUGUCUCAUCAAGCUCCCCCGGCUCGUCCAUCAUUAGACUCCAACCGAGCCGCGCCUCUCCCGGCAUCAACUCCCCCAACGACAGUCGAGCCUUGCAGUACUUUACCGAGGCCGUGGGCCCGCUCCUCUCAGGAGCCGUGGACCCCUACUUCUGGACGCAUAUCGUCAUGCAGUUCAGCACCCUCGAGCCGGCUGUCACGCACUCUAUCCUGGCUAUCAGUGACCUCUACGAGCAGUUCCACACCGGGGACAACGCGGCAGUCGUCCCCCGGGACCACAGUUUCGCCUUGCGGCAUUACAAUGCCGCUAUCCAUGAGCUGAAGGGCAUGAUGUCCCGCGAGAAGCAGCCCGUCGUGCUGCUCGUCUGUCUGUUGUUUAUCUGUAUCGAGUUCCUGCGGUCGGGCCGCGAAGCUGCCAUUAGACACUGCAAGCAUGGCGUCGCCAUCCUGCGGGACACCCACAACGAGUUCCCCUGGACGAAAGAACACUUGCUCCCGCUUUUCCGCCGCCUGUCCGAGUAUUCCUUCUUCUUCAGCAAUGAGAAAUCCGACUUUCCCGACCUGAGCGGGCUGGAGCGCCAUGUGCCGCCCACUUUCUCGACGUUCCAGGAUGCCCAGUUGAUGAUCGACGACAUAUAUUGCCAGACGCUGCAACUCAUGAAGAAAGGGUACCCCUACCGCGACGACUCGCUCCGGGGCUGUGCCGUCCCACCGGAAUUACUCGCACAGCAGGAGAACAUCAAUCAGCUGCUGGAUAGGUGGAACGCCCUGUUUACCCAGUACAACGACCGGAUCCGGUACUCGGACACCCCUACCACCAAGCAGUUCGAGCUCGAGGAAGACUAUCUGCCCAAGAUGCUCCGGGGUUUCCUUUCAACGCGUUAUGAAUGCUGCCGGAUCUGGCUGAACAUGGCAUUCAUGAACAACCAGACAGGGUUCGAUAAAUUCUUGACAAACUACAGCCGCAUAGUCAAGAACCUCGCCACGACGGUCGUUGUCGUCUCGGAGCGUUCGAAACUCGCGAGCCUCAGCGCGAAGACGCCAAAGUUCAUGUUUGAGACGGGGUACACGCCGAUGCUGUUCUUCGUCGCCACCACGUGCCGGCACCUGGAGACGCGGCUGGAGGCCCUGCGUCUGAUUCCCAUCCUAGGCCUCCCGCGCGAGAAUCUCUGGGAGAUGGCGACGCUGGUCGCCAUGGCGCGGCGGACCAUCGAGCUGGAACACGACAUAUCCCUGGACCCCUACGGACGACCCCUCGCCCCCAUCGAUCCGGGCUGGACCCUGCCGGCCAAUGAGAAGAGGAUAGUGGACAUGUGGACGGAGCCGAAGACCGAGGAGAAGAACAUCAUGGGCCACAUUGUGCGUGGGAGGAUAGUCGGCUUCUUCAGGCGCAGGGCCGACGGGAGCACCAGCCUCCACACCGAGUUUGUAGAAGUGAGGAACGUGAAGGAUGAAGUCGGCGCAUCUCGCGUUGGAUCCCCCGUGAUAAUUCCAUAG